UCAUCGUUCCAACGUUAGUUUAGCGAAUGCAUCUGGAAGAUGCACCGUGUUGCGAUAGGCACAUUUUUUGCGCCUAUCGUCUAUUAUUCGUCGUUGACCGGCGUCAACAUUUCUUCAGAUUCUCGUUUCUCGCGCCAUAGGCGCCGCUUCCAACACUUAUUUGCACUUUUUCUUUUUUCCUCACAAAUCGCCUUACACAUGAUUAAAGCACCCGAUAGGAACUAAUUUUUACAAUAAAAAAAAUUAUCCAUGGAAAUUUAUUUUUCUUUUAUCCGUGUUUAGUGAGUGCAACUGGAUUUGAUAAUAUACAAUCAAUUUUUCUUGUAGUUUAUAGUGUGAACAAUUUGUUUGUUUUUUUUUUUGAAAUAAACAUUUUUUCAUGAUUCGAUAUAAACGCAAUAGAAAGAGAAGAUAGAGGAAGAUUUGCAAAAAAAUUUCAAAUAUCUUUUUUAAAUAACAAAUUGAAAAAUAAUUUUUUGAAAAAAUAUUUUUUCAAAUAAAAACACCAUAUCUUUAAAAUUUUCAAAAAAAAUUAAAAAUUUUUUUUUUUUGUAAUUAUUUUGAUUCUCAUAAAUUAUCUAUGAUAUUCGCAAAAAAAUUUAUCAUGAUUUUAAGAAUCUAAAAGGAAAAUAAUCUUGAUGGGAAAAGGCCAUAAAAAGUGAUUAAGAGACUAUUAGGAUAUGGUCACAAUACAUAUAGGGAGUUAUAUAUGAUAAAUAUCAAACGAGGGGUUCUCUAAAUCCAAAUCAACAAAAAAAAAAAAAUUUGUGAUUUACGAACAUAGAGAAAAUAAAAACGUGAUUAAAAUUUUGGAAAUUUUUUUUUGUGUAGAUAAUAUAAAAAUAAUAUUAUAAAAAAUUAAAUUCAUAUUCAUCGGUAAUUUAUUAUUAAUCAAAGGGGAUAAAAUUGGGAAAUUAAAACUGGAAGGCCAAUAUCAAAAACAUUUUAAAAUAAAUGAUGAAAAAAUUUUCUUAUUCCCAGUGGAGAAAUUAAGUGAUUUUUGUAUUUUUUUGAAAGUGGUGAUUAGCAAAAUCGCAAAACCGUGUUGGUGUCGUAACCGAACGAGAAAGCCCGUAAGAUCCGCGAAGGUUGUGCAACAAGUUAGGAGAGGGUUGCCUCCACCAUCGCGAUGUGAUAUGGAUAUCCUAGCAGUAGCCUGCGCUCUUGUAGCGACGGCCCUGUACUUCAACACCCUCUACGCAGGAUUCGUUUACGACGAUCGGAGAGCCAUUUUGACAAAUCCAGAUCUAAAACCAACGACAGAAUGGUAUAAACUAUUGGAGAAUGAUUUUUGGGGGACUCCUCUUAAUGAAAAGGGUUCACAUGGUAGCUAUAGACCAUUUUGUGUUGCUACAUUCAGAAUCAAUUAUCUUCUCGGUGGCCUUGAACCCCAAGGUUAUCAUCUCGUGAAUAUUAUUCUUCAUGCAGUUUGUACAGCUCUCGUUGUUCGAAUAGCAAGAAAGAUACUACCGGGGCAUACAUUGGCUCAAGCAAUAGCUGGUUUACUUUUUGCUGUACAUCCAAUACACACUGAAGCUGUUGCCGGUAUUGUUGGUCGAGCUGAUCUUUUGGCCUGUCUCUUUACUCAGACUGCAUUUCUUGCAUACACAGCGCAUUGCGAUCAAACACGAUCGCUUUUACCACUGUUGUUCACCUUGAUCUCAGCAGUCUUAGCUACUUUGGCUAAAGAAACAGGAAUAUCAUCAUUGGCUCUCUGUCUCCUGUGGGAAUUCUGUCACAGCGAACCAAAUAUUCGCAAGAUUUCAACAAAUGGCUAUGGAAAAUGGAGAAGUUCGACAAUCCUCGCAGGAAGUCUGGCAAUGCUGACCCUUGGCAGGCUUAGGAUCAGUGGUGGUAGAGUUCCUGAAUUUGCAAGUGCUGACAAUCCAGUAGCUCGACAUCCCUCGAGAUUAACACGAGGUCUCACAUUUCUCUAUCUACCAGCAGCAAGUGUUAGAAUGCUUCUCUGUCCCAGUACGCUAAGUUUCGAUUGGUCCAUGGAUGCUGUGCCAAGAAUAACCAACUUCAAAGAUUCACGAAAUCUUGAAUCUGUAUGCCUUUAUGCUGCCCUAGGCACUGCAACAUUAUGGGCUGUUCGUCGUGUUCGUUUGUCCAGAGGAAGAGCCAGAUCAAGGUCACGAACAACAUUCGAAUUGUCUUCCUAUUCAAUGUCUACCUCGUCUUGGCCAACAACACCAAAAUGUCCUGUUUGUGCUGGCAGAAAAACAGGAGCUUGUCACACAGAUGGAUGUAGAGCCGCUAAUAAUAAUAAUGGUCCAGUUAACGAUUGCUAUUGUCCUAAAAAGAAAUCAUCAUUAUCAUCAUCAUCAUCAUCAGGGUGUACAUAUUCAUCUCUACUUGUUAUCCUCGGUUUUCUAGUGCUUCCUUUUCUCCCAGCUAGUAAUCUCUUCUUUUAUGUGGGAUUUGUGAUAGCUGAGAGAAUUCUUUAUCUUCCGAGUAUUGGGGCAUGUUUGACAAUUGGAGCUGCAAUUUCUGGAACUUAUGGUGUAGCAAAAAAAUCGGGUUGUAAAAAGGUGGCCAAAGGAAUUUUAGUGUUGACAAUGUUAUUAUUAGGCCUAAUGUCAGCAAGAACAAUUCUUCGAAAUACUGAUUGGUAUGAUGAGGAGAGUCUUUAUAGAUCUGCAUUGCGUGUCAAUCCACCAAAAGCUUAUGGAAAUUUAGGAAGUGUCCUCAGUGCACAAGGACGAGUUGCAGAAGCUGAAGAAGCUUUUGUGCAAGCUCUUCGACAUCGACCAAAUAUGGCGGAUGUUCACUAUAAUCUGGGGAUAUUACAACAAGGCAGACGGAACUACGAAGAGGCCAUUCUCAGCUACCAGAGAGCGAUUCACUUUCGGCCUUCUUUAGCCCAGGCUUAUGUGAAUCUUGGAGCAGCUUUAGCUUCAGUUGGUCGUGGAACGGAAGCAGCUGCGGUUUUGCGCGCUGGCGCUUCUUUGGACGGAUCCGGUCUAAAAGACAGAAGGGCUCACGAAGCUGCCAGAGUACAAGCAUUGUUGCAACUUGGAGCCCUCUAUGCGGAUCAAGGGAGAUUACAGAGAGCCUUAUCUGCAUACAGAGAAGCACUACAUGCACUUCCGGAUCAUUAUCCUCCUCAGAGCGUUUACAAUUUACUAGGAGAGACGUUAUCUCGACUACAACAGUACGCAGAGGCUGAGAAGUGGUUUCAGGCAAGUUUAGCCAGUCAACCAGACCACGUGCCUGCCCACAUCACUUAUGGGAAAUUGUUAGCGCGAAACUCCAGUCGUGUUUUGGAAGCUGAGAGGUGGUUUCUGCGCGCCAGGAGAUUAGCUCCCGAAGACCCAAGCGUACAUUAUCAUUAUGGUAUUUUCCUAACGUCACAAGGACGUUUGGCGGAAGCUGCAGAGGAACAAUUAAGAGCUGCCAUGUUAUCAAAAUCAGAUUACGAUAUGGCAGUUGCGGCAGCGUCGGCACUACGUCGUGUUGAUCGUCGUGAGGAGGCGGAAAUUUGGUAUAGACACGCAAUGGGUCUUAGGCCAAAUGAAGCGCGAAGUCAUACAAAUCUUGGUGCCAUGUUACAUUUAAAUGGCAAAUAUAAACAAGCCGAAGCAGCAUAUAGAGAGGCCUUAAGAUUACAACCAGGCGACGCAACGACAAUGACCAAUCUUCACAAAUUAGCAACACUACUUGCGUGACCCAAAAAUAGUCGAAAAUUUCGACAUUCUCAACGUUCACCUCGACUCGACGUUCGACCUCCUUUAUUUCACUUUGAGAUGAACAAAGAUGACAUGGAGAUUCGAUGACAAUGAAAUAAUGCUUUUCAUUUCUUCAUCAGGGAUCGAUAAUCGUUUGUCUUCUGAUAAACAAAAAACCAAAAUGGAAAAUUCAUUCGCGGGAAUGGCUCAACGUCAAUGAUCGAUGAACGCCAUCCGUUGUAUGAAAAAUGUAAAGAAUAAAGCUUCAUUUAUUUUUCUCUAAAUAAAA